AUGCCCGGCACACCAGUAUCAUCUGCACCUGGCCAGCCCAUGCAGCGCCAGUUCAACCCGUACUCGGACAACGGCGGCACCAUCCUCGCCAUCGCCGGCAAGGACUUUACCAUCAUCGCCGGUGACACGCGCCAGAGCGAAGGCUACAAUAUCCAGACACGUUAUGCACCCAAAGUAUUCCGUCUAACAGACCGUGCGGUGUUGGCCGUCAACGGCUUCGCAGCGGACGGUAACAUGUUUGUGAAGAAGGUCAAGCAAAGAUUGGAAUGGUACAAGCAUGCGCACGCAAAGGACAUGCCGUUGCGGGCGAUUGCGCGUCUAAUCCAGACAAUGCUAUACGCCCAGCGCUUCUUCCCCUACUACGUUUACAACAUCCUCGGCGGCAUCGAGGAAGACGGCUCGGGCGCAGUCUACAGCUUUGACCCCGUGGGCAGCUACGAGCGUGAAGCAUGCCGCGCAGCAGGCGCCGCACAAUCUCUCGUCCAGCCGUUCCUCGACAAUCAGAUAUACUUCAAGAACCAGGUAGCGCCUACCGGCCAGGCGCACCCGACACAUCUUCCGCUUCAGGAAGUACUCAACAUUGUUAUCGACUCCUUUACCAGCGCAACGGAACGGCAUAUCGAGGUCGGCGACGGUCUCGAGAUGUACAUCGUGCUCGCCAGGGGCCGGAGUCUGCAAAGUCUGGGCAUGAACAUCGACGCGCAGGAGGUGAGCGCGCGGCCAGACGGCGAGCGCGUGUUCGUCGUCCGCCGGGACUUGAAGAAGGACUAA